AUGGCAAUUCCAACCCCACAAGAAGAUGUCAAAGACUUAGUACAUGAAGACAAGCGUACUCCUGGUGAUCAUUGGGGAUACAACAAAGGACAUGAUUGGGAUCAUGGAUAUAAUCAUGGAUAUAAUCAUCAUGGAUAUAAUCAUGGAUAUAAACACGGACAUAAAAGAGGAGACCAUGAUAAAGAACACGGAGACUGGGGACACCACAAAGAACAUGAACAUUGGGAUCAUAAAGGACAUGAUCACAACGGACAUGGUGAUGUGGAUCAUGGAUAUAAUCAUGGAUAUAAACACGGGCAUAAAAGAGGAGACCAUGACAAAGAACACGGAGACUGGGGACAUCACAAAGAACAUGAACAUUGGGAUCAUAAAGGACAUGAUCACAACGGAUAUAAACACGGGCAUAAAAGAGGAGACCAUGACAAAGAGCACGGAGAUUGGGGACAUCACAAAGGACAUGGUGAUUGGGAACACAAAGGACAUGAUCAUCAUGAAAAAGGACAUGGUAGUUGGGAACACAAAGGACAUGAUGAUUGGGAUCAUGGAUAUAAACACGGACAUUAA